AUGGUUGGGCUGCAUAGCCUAAUACAGAAAAGAUUUGCCUCAAAAGAUCAACUAGACUUGCUAGACUCUGUAGAUCAUCUACGCUCUCAGGAAACCGACCAUUAUGUCUCUCUACCCCAGAUCAUCGUUUGCGGCGAUCAGUCUUCCGGCAAAGGUUCUGCCCUUGAACCUAUCUCCGGAGUCUCUUUUCCGGUCAAUAGAAACUUCUUCACUCGUUUUCCAGCCGAAUUAGUCUUACGCAAGACAUCAGAAAUGGGCGUCAGCACCUCCAUCGUCCCUAAUCAUUUGUGUAGCGAAGUAGAGCGUAGAUCUCUUAGCAGUUUCCGUGAGACGCUUCACAGCUUCAUUACACUACCAACAUCAAUCAAGAGUGCAGAGACAGCCAUGAUUAUUGAUUUCGUCAAUUCAUACAUGAAAGAGCCCACGAACAUCGUCUUCGCAGUUACAUCCGCAAAGAACGAUCAUGCCAAGCAGAUUUUACUGAAGCUCGCCCGAACUACCGACAAAGCCGGAACUCGAAUGCUUGGUGUGAUCACGAAGCCUGACACUCUGAGUCCAGGAUCUGACAGCGAAGCCAUAUACCUCUCGCUCGCUAGAAAUCUCAAUUCCAGCCUCGGCAUCGUGCCGUUGAGAGAGCGACUGAGCAAAGUACUUCUUGUCCAGAUCGCAGUGGAACUCCGGAGUCUUGUGGACGAGAUCCAACUUAAGUCUGCUGCUUGUCACGCUGAACCCCAAAAGCUAGGCCAUCGCCAGGCUGAUAGCACAGAACAACACCAAUUUCUAGCCAUCCCCAUCCAAAUAUGCCAGGCUCUCACCAAAGCCGCCGUCGAUGGGACAUACAACGAUGACUUCUUUAGCGAUACGAAGGCUGACACUGGCUACCAGAAACGCAUUCGUGCUGUGAUACAGAACCUCAAACAGAUUUUUUUCAGACUAUAG